AAAAUUCAGACUGUCGACUGGGUUGCAAAGCAACAGUUAGAAAUAGCUGUUGGCCAUAGGGUAGUGGUAAAGUCGUUUUCUGGUUCAAAAGCCAUGAAGGAUUAUCUUAAACCGAACUUGGAGCUUUCGCAAGAUCAAUUCAUUUUGCACGUCGGCACUAACGACCUCAAGCAGAAAAAAACAAUUGCAAGUUGCCGACUCGAUCGUAGAUCUUGCUAGACAGACUGAAAACUUCGUCUUAUUCAGCAUGGAAAUAUCUCUGAGAAGGCAUUAAAUCAAGGAGGACUGCAUCUUAAUAUCAAAGGCAAUCAACAAUUUUUUAAGAACUUUCAGGUAAGCUUAGGGUGA